AACUCAUGCAAAUUUAGAGAGUUGUACUUAAAAGGUCAUUCGAAAUAGAUAAAUAAAACUAUUUCAAACCUUGUACUAAAAUUAAGGAAUUCAUAAAAUGAAGACACGUAUGUUUGGAUUGUUUAUAUAUAUCCUGCUGCUACUGAUGCAGUUGUCAUUUGGCAGUUGUCCAGAUGGCUGGAUGAGACAUGACUCCACUUGUUAUCAUUUUAGCCAUGAUACUGAGGCAAUGCUUGUUGCAAAGCUAUCAUGUCAAGUGCUCGGUGGUGCCUUAUUAGAGAUAGAAACAGCUGCUGAAAAUGCUUAUAUAGCAGGAUACAUUAAAGAUAAAUACAGCUAUUACUAUAUUGGAUUGAAUGACAUACAGGAGGAAGGAGUUUGGGUCUGGGUUGAAAGUUCUUCCUCUGCUAGUUAUCUAAAUUGGCGACCUAAUGAACCAAACAGUGUGGGAAAUGAUGAAAACUGUGUUGUUAUUGACAAAAAUAGUGGACAAUGGCUAGAUGUGGCUUGCCAUAAUUUUUUUCACUACAUAUGUGAAAAGAAAGAUGGGGAUGCGGAGAUUAUUGGAUAAUGGAUAUAAAGGUUUGGAAUUACAGACACAAAAUGGGAUAGCAAUAUUGCAACCACUCAAAACCACCUUUUAUGGUCCUUUUAUAUAGAAAUGCAGAUAUAUAAAUUUGUGUAAUAAUUUGUAAAAUGAUCAUAAACAUUUGCAUGUACUAACAAU